UGUUGUAAAGCGGCUUCCCCAACACUACUCUCGUGAAAUUCCUACUCGGCGAAUUAUUUUUGUUUAUUAUAUUUAAUUUAAACCCCCAAUUAGCCAGCUCUAAAAUGGGACCCGAGGAGGAACUGCUGUUCCGCAACUUCCAGCGCCUGAAGAGUUACAUGUUCGACGACGAGAAGGUGUCCACGACGACGUCCCGCGAGCAGCAAAAGACGGAGGGCUCGGUGGAGAAAUGCUUCGAUCGCUUCGAGCAGCUGAUGUUCACGCACCCGCGCCUCACCCAGAUCUUCCGACUGGAGCACCAGUACUAUCUGGACGCGAUGUUGAGGCGAUUGCCCUCCAACUACGAGUGCCUGGACAGCAGUCGUCCGUGGUGCGUGUACUGGAUCCUGCAGGCGGCACAGUUGCUCAGCUUCAACUUUGACGACCAGACGCUGGACCACGUGGUGCAGUUCCUUGGCAAAUGCCGGUCGCCGACGGGUGGCUUCGGAGGAGGACCUGGUCAGUAUGCCCACCUGGCGCCCACCUAUGCGGCUGUCAACAGCCUGUGCAUCAUUGGCACUGAGCAGGCUUACCGCGCCAUCGACCGCCCGACUCUGGUUCAGUUCCUGUUCAGUGUGCGCGAAUCGGACGGAUCCUUCCGCCUGCACGUGGACGGGGAGACGGAUGUGCGCGGAGCCUACUGCGCCAUCUCCUGUGCCAAGCUGCUCAAUCUCCCCGAGCCGGUGCUAAAGGAACUGUUCGCCGGCACCGGCGACUGGAUAGCCCAGUGUCAGACCUACGAGGGCGGUUUUGGCGGUGCCCCUGAUCUGGAGGCCCAUGGCGGCUAUACCUUUUGCGGCAUUGCCGGGCUGGCGCUGCUCAACGAGGCGGACAAGUGCGACCGACAGGCUCUGCUAAAGUGGACGCUUCGCCGGCAGAUGACGUACGAGGGCGGCUUCCAGGGGCGAACCAACAAACUCGUUGACGGCUGCUACUCAUUCUGGGUGGGCGCCACGAUCCCCAUCACACAGGCCACUCUAUCAGGCGUUGAUAAGCAGAUGGAGCACACCCUGUUCGAUGUGGAGGCCCUGCAGGAGUACAUCCUGCUGUGCUGCCAGAAGCAGAACGGUGGGCUCAUCGACAAGCCCGGAAAACCCCAAGAUCUCUAUCACACGUGCUAUACCCUCAGCGGAGUUUCCAUUGCCCAGCAUUCGGAGUGCGCCAACAGCCCGCAGGUCCUGGGCGACACUAUUAAUGAGCUGCUGCCCACCCACCCACUCUUUAACGUCCCACCGAAGUCCGUUGCGGCUGCCAGGAGCCACUUCAGCAAUUCCAAUGACACUGAGUUCUCGGGCAGUGAUAGUCCGUGCAAGGAUAGUUAAAAGGUCGAUGCACUGGAGAGCUUUUUACUGGAUGGUGGUUUACCUUUAAAAAACUAAAUUUGCUUUAAUAAAAUAAUCUUUGAAUUAUA